CGAAGUCCACGAUCAACUAUCUCUUUCCGACGCAUACUACAAGAACAAGACGAACGUGAAAGAUACACAUAAAGUAAACUUAACACACGGGACACGGCCAGAAAUACUAAACUAAACACUGGGGCCACGGCCAGAAAUUGUCAAGGACCCAACAACCACGACUCGCCGUUAAAUACAUCCAUCUCUGCACCAUUGGACAUACAAGCUGCACAAACCUCCAGCUCCUUGGAAGAAGAAUUCGGCACUCGCAUCAAACCACCACCAUCCAUUCCGAGCUUAGCUAGCUAGCUGAUCCCAAUGGCGAGCAGCACCGCCAUCUCUUGCCUGGCUGCGCUCCUGCUCCUCGCAGCCGCCGCGGCGCCGGCGUUCGCGGCGGAGAAGGAGACCCGGCUGCGGGUGUACUGGCACGACGUGGUGAGCGGCGGGCCGAACGCGACGGUGGCGCAGGUGGCGCAGGCGCCGUCCUCCAACGCCUCCGCCACGGGCUUCGGCGGCAUCUCCGUCAUCGACGACCCGCUCACCGAGGGGCCCAGCCUGACGGGCUCCAGGAUCCUCGGCCGCGCGCAGGGCCUCUACGUCAGCUCCGGCAAGGACAGCCUGUCGUUGCUCAUGGCCAUGAACUUCGUCUUCGUCGACGGCGCCUACAACGGGAGCAGCAUCGCCAUCGUCGGCCCCAACCCGGUGAACCGGGCCGUCAGGGAGAUGGCCGUGGUCGGCGGCACCGGCGUCUUCCGGUUCGCGCGCGGCUACUGCCAGUUGCGGACCCACUGGUUUGACGCCAAUACCGGCGACGCCACCGUCGAGUAUAGGGUCCAUCUUCGCCACGACUGAUGCAUGCAUCCUUGUUUCGUGCCCGGUCGGUGCUGUGAUUGUUAAUUCGUUGUUCUGAUCCAAUAUAUGAUUUCCUGAUUUCCAAUAUAUGAUUUCCUGAUUUUACCAA